AUGGCGCUGUCUUCAAGCGUUGGUUUCGUUUUUGUCCCAAAUUCUCCAUUGAUUCAACAGACGGCAGCUGUCAGGCGCAAAGUUCGAGCCGUGGCUGCCACCGUCACCGCCAUGUCUUCGUCCAAGUCCCUGUACAUCGUCAUGGAGGUGCUGAUCGCCGUGUCGUCCGUGGUCGGCAACGUGAUGGUGGUGUGGGCGGUGCGCAUCAACCGCUCGCUGCGAGACACCACCUUCUGCUUCAUCGUGUCCCUGGCGCUGGCCGACAUCGCCGUGGGGGCCCUGGUGAUCCCGCUGGCCAUCACCAUCAGCAUCGGCCUCCAGACGCACUUCUACAGCUGCCUGCUCUUCGCCUGCACCGUGCUCGUGCUCACGCAGAGCUCCAUCCUCGCGCUGCUCGCCAUCGCCGUCGACCGCUACCUGCGCGUCAAGAUCCCCAUGAGCUACAAGCGUGUGGUGACGGCGCGCAGGGCGGGCGUGGCCGUGCUGCUCUGUUGGCUCGUGUCCUUUGUGGUGGGACUGACGCCGAUGUUCGGCUGGAACAACCUGCAGCAGCUGCGUCUGAACGGCUCCGCAGACCUGGUGGUGACCUGUGAGUUCGAGACCGUCAUCAGCAUGGACUACAUGGUCUACUUCAACUUCUUCGGCUGGGUGCUGCCCCCCCUGCUGCUCAUGCUGGGGAUCUACGCCGAGAUCUUCUACAUGAUCCACAGGCAGCUCAACAAGAAGGUAAUCUCCAGUCACUCAGACCCUCGGCGGUACUUCGGGAAAGAGCUGAAACUGGCCAAAUCUCUGGCUCUGGUGCUGUUCCUGUUCGCGGUGAGCUGGCUGCCUCUGCACAUCCUGAACUGCAUCACGCUCUUCUGCCCCGGCUGCCCCUCCACGCCCUCCCUCAUCUACGUGGCCAUCCUGCUCAGCCACGCCAACUCCGCGGUCAACCCUGUCGUCUACGCCUUCCGCAUCAACAAGUUCCGCUCGGCCUUCCGCAAGAUCUGGACAACAUACGUCCUGUGCCAUGACCCGGUGGGGAGGCUCCCGCAGAGGGGAAGCCAGAGGAGCCGAAGCAAAGAGACCCGGCUCAGGCAAAACGAUGACGACGACGACGUGUGA